UGUUUUCCUAUUGUGCGCCAGGGCUCUGCGAGGAUAAGGCAGCGAUGAAAACGCGCACCUGCUUUAGAGGCAUUACGGUAGCGCAGCGAACUGUCCCCCCCGCAACACACACACACACACGCACACACACUCCACUCUCGUACAGACACGCACUGGCUCAGUGAUUCAGCCCUGAUUUCCUGCGAGCGAGCGACAGACGGGAUGCCCAAAUCUGCGGACCGGUGGAGAGGUUACGCGCGCUGAAGAAGUCUCCUGAAGAGACAGCGGAGGGAGCAGACGCAACCAGACGCGACGGGAAGCCGCGCGCCUCUCUCCCUGGCAACUUGCGCACGGUGCCAGAGUUUUAGCGGCAGUAUUGUUCUGACUUCACUCCAGAGGGGCCACUCCGAGGAGAGCGGACGCACACAAAAGGGAAAAGGAAAGGACUAAGGAGCACGCGUUGUCGUCUAAAGUAAUGGUCCUGCGGUCCUAGAUCCCAGAUCUCUCUGUCUCUCUCUCCUUCUCUGUUUCUGUCCAUUUUUUUUUCUUUUUUUUUUUUUUCUUCUUCUCCUCCUCUUCGUCCCGUCGGCUCGUGUGCCCUUUGUCGCCGCGAGAGACCGUGGACGCGCCGGGGGCUCGAGGAGCAGAAGCGGGGCUGUCCACAUGGUCCAACCACCGGCGUGAAAGUUGACUUCUUCAGAAAACGAGAACAGGUGCCAGUGAUGAUGGUGGAAUCAGCCUCUGAGACAAUUCGAACAACGCCGUCCAACCAGAACGGAGUCAGCAGCCUCAACAGCCAAUCAGACGGAGGGGGAGGUAGAGAGGGCGGGUCUAAUGGAGACACCAAUGGAGAGAUCAGCCCAGUCGACUUCCUGCACCUGCAGCAACAACAGGCGAUCCAGGCAGCCAGACAGUUCCUCCUCCAGCAGGCCUCUGGACUCAACUCCCCUGGCAACAACGAGGUCAAACAGAGCCCUGUGCAGGUGCCUGUGUCCAUGGCUAUGAUGAGUCCACAGAUGAUCACUCCUCAACAGAUGCAACAGAUCUUGUCUCCCCCUCAGCUCCAGGCCCUGCUGCAGCAACAGCAGGCUUUAAUGCUACAGCAGUUACAGGAGUACUACAAGAAGCAGCAGGAGCAGUUGCAUCUCCAGCUUCUGACUCAGCAGCAGCAGCAGCAGCAACAGCAGCAGCAGCAGCAACAACAACAGCAGGCCGGGAAGCAAGCAGCAAAAGAGCAGUUAGGCAAUAAGCAGUUGGCCUUCCAGCAGCAGCUGAUCCAGAUGCAGCAGCUUCAGCAGCAGCACAUCCUCAACCUCCAGAGACAAGGCCUGGUCCCAAUGCAGCCCACCGCCGCCAUGCAGUCUCUGCAGCAAGCGAUGUGUCCGUCAGACCUCCAGCAGCUGUGGAAGGAGGUGUCAGGGGUGCAGAGCAGCGAGGAGGCCCUGAAACAGGCCGAGGGCCUGGACUUGAGCACCAACAGCUCCAAUUCUACCUCAGCCUUCCCCAAAGCUGCCAGCGCUCACAUCCCACUGCACAGCCUGUCCAACGGACAGAGCCACACCCCAAAGAGAGACAGAGCCAGACUGUUUGAGUGGAUAUCCUCCUUCACCAAGGCAGACAGCGGAGAUGACCACGUCCCCCUUUACUCCAAAGGCAGCCAACCCCCCAGCCAUCAUGAGGAACAUGCCGGCUCCCAUCCUCUCUACGGCCAUGGAGAGUGUAAGUGGCCGGGCUGUGAAGCACUGUGUGAGGACAUGGGACAGUUCAUCAAGCACUUGAACAAUGAGCACGCCCUUGAUGACCGCAGCACUGCUCAGUGCCGAGUCCAGAUGCAGGUGGUUCAGCAGCUGGAGAUACAGCUGGCGAAAGAGAGUGAGCGACUCCAGGCCAUGAUGACCCACCUGCACAUGCGCCCCUCAGAGCCAAAGCCUUUUAACCAACCUCUGAACCUGGCUUCCAGUGGCUCUCUGUUGAAGCGGGACAGCGAUGCCUACCCAGAGGGUCUUCCCCACCCCCCCACCUCGGCUGCCACCCCCAUCACCCCACUGCGCCAGGGACCCUCGGUCAUCAGCUCUUCGAGCCUGCACACACACUCCCACUCCCACACGCACGGUGUCGGCCCCAUACGUAGGCGCAACUCUGACAAGUAUUGCACCCCCAUCGCCUCAGAGCUGGCUCAGAACUGUGAGUUCUACAAGAACGCGGAUGUCAGGCCUCCCUUUACCUACGCCUCUCUUAUACGUCAUGCCAUUCUGGAGUCCCCAGACAGACAGUUGACCCUCAAUGAAAUCUACAACUGGUUUACACGGAAGUUUGCCUAUUUCAGGAGAAACACAGCCACAUGGAAGAAUGCUGUGCGCCACAACCUGAGUCUGCACAAGUGUUUUGUUCGUGUUGAGAACGUGAAGGGAGCCGUGUGGACUGUGGAUGAAGUUGAAUACCAAAAGAGGAGACCACCAAAGAUGACCGGAAGUCCCACUCUGGUGAAAAACAUGAUUUCAGGCCUGGGCUUUGGAUCCCUAAACGCCAGCUACCAGGCGGCUCUGGCGGAGAGCAGUCUGUCCCUGCUAAACAGCCCUUCCCUGAUGACCCCUCCGUCUGCGGCCAGCCUCAACAUGCUGCAUGUGGGCCAUGACGAUGUCAGUUCCACUGUGGAGCAGGUCAACAGCAACGGCAGCUGCAGCCCCACGCUCAGCCCUCAACAGUACAGCCACCCGGUGCAUGUGAAGGAGGAGCCCACUGAGCUGGAGGAGGACUGUCGGCCAGUGUCCCUCCUGGCUGGCGUCACACACAGCCUGCCAUUGCCGAGCGACGAGCGCGAUCUGGAGGAGGAUCUUCCCCCAGAGGAGCUGGAGUAGGACAGAUCCAAGGUGGACCAGAGGGACGGGACAUGGCGAGUUGAUUCCCCCGAUCCCUCUCGUCAGUGUGAAGAAGAAAAGAUAGCGACAGUACACUUACGAGAAAAUAGAGAAAAAAAAGAGAAUGUUUUUUUUGUUUGUUUUUAAGAAAAUGCAAGCAACCAAGGACGACAUUGAGAAACACCAAACAGGGUUAGAUGGCCUGCUUUACUUUCAGACACAAAAAGAAGACUGUGGAGCACUGCUUUACCUCUGUGUGUUUCUUUUCCAACACUUGGCUCAGAGGCGUAACACCACUUAAUGCAUUCACACUCACACAAACACAGACACACUUAUUCACUUGUCAAACCAUGUUCCAUUAUCCUCCCUGGUAAGAUCAGCCUCUGUGUAGAGACCCCUCGUGGCGUUGACACACUCUCUUCUCCUCGCCCCACCACUCUGCACACUGCCUCCUCACGUUUGUCUAAUCGUGAGUUGAGAGGACACAUACGUGUGUGUCUGUGUGUGUGUGUGUGUGUGUGUGUGUGUUAGAAAGAAAAAAAAAGACGCACGGGAUCAUGUGUAUAUAGAUUUGGAGCACUCAUCAGGCAGUAUACCCCUCCUUCUUUCCCCUCUUUGAGUCAAUCACGUGCUUUUUCAUUUGAUUGAAAUGAAACUGUUGGGCUUCAAGAUAGGAAGGGAGGAAGAUGCUUUUAAAGAUCAGGCUCCUGUCUCCACCAAUGUGUGCUGACCCACCAGAGGCAGGUGUGGCCCUGGUCCAUGCCCAAACUUCUGCCCCAGCAAGACACUUAGUGAUGGACAUCUUUUAAGAUCAAGACAUUUUCCAACCCACCUCCAUCCCAGCCCCCCUCCCGCCCAAAUGAUGCAGGAAUAGGACCAUUUGGUGCUGUCGUUCUCCUCUCCACCGUGUGCGGAUGGAGCGAUGAGCUUGGAACACUUUUCGAACGUGAAGAAAAGAGAGGAGGCACAUAGAAAGGAGGAGGAAGCGUCUACAGAAAUAUUGUGACUAAAAAAGAAAACUGUUAAUGAUUAUGGAAUAUAACAAGAAAAAAAACGUGUGGUAGCUUUUUUGUCAUUUCCUUUUUUUAUUUGCUGUUAUGUUGAUGAUGUUUUUAUCAUUUUUGAGGAUCAAUAUUUCCAUGGUGGCGUUCUGUUUCAACGUACCUUUUCUAAGAAUGCUGUUUUUUGUUUUUGUAUUUUACGUUGUUUGAUUUACUCUGGUUGUUCACACCAUUCCAAAUGAGUAUUGGCAAAAAAAAAAGAAAGAAUUGAAAGCGCAGUAUUGUCCCAACUUGUGAUACCCGACUCCUACCCCUCUCCCUUUCUAUCCCAAGUGUAGCAGGCAAGAAAUUUGGAAAUAGCACUUAAAGUUUCCAUGAUCCAGACAGAUUAUUUAACAGCUGAAUAUUUUUGUGUUCAUUUUCUCUCAUUCACUUGUUUUUCGGUUGUGUAUUUAGUUGAGAAAUAUCAGUAAUGCUUUAAAAAAUAUAUAUAUAUUAUUACUGCAGUCAGAGAAUACCUCAUCCCACAAAGGUUCUGCCUGGAACUCUGUCCAAAUUGAUAAAGAAAUAAGGGGGGAUUCUUUUUGUGGGACACCAAAUGUGGCAACUCUGCUCAGAUUUAGUUUCAAAUCUCUAUGGUUGUAAUAGUUACUGUGUAGAAGCUAACUGCAAUUCACUGUGUGAGUUUGUGUUAAAGGAAUAGCACGUGAGAUUUUUUUUUUUGUUUGUUUUCUGUGAGCAUAAAAGCAUUACUUUUCUCUACAGUGCCAUACCAAAUUUAACAUUUAUUUCAAUCUGCUUGUUCCCGUUUUAUUUUUGUUACAGGUAACCAAAGAAAUAUGUAGAAAACCAAAAACCCUGUAGUUUAUUUGCCCUUUUUGAGUUUCCCUUUUUCCUUCUUCUUCUUAAAGAACUGGCCAAAAGACAACAAACCAGGAGUUUGAAUUCCUAUUAUUGUAUUCACAUAAAUUAUACAUGACCUACAGUGCUGACCAUUCCGAAAACCAAAGUGUGUAGAGCAAACUAGACUUUGGAGACAUCGAAGCUUUUACAUGAUAAGUUGUUGAAUGAAUAACUCACAUUAGGUAUGAGGCCAAAAAAGCUAGUAUUAAUAAACCUCGCACAGUUCCUCUAAAAAUAUUUUAAAAAACAAAAGAAAAUAGCACUUAGAGGUGAAACUCCCACUCUCGGGCUAAACUGCGUUGCAAACAGUUUUAGGAUUGGCCCAACUACAGUACGAGCAGACCCCAAACAGGCACUCGUGAGGCAGUCUGAACACACGUGUACCUUUACAGUCUGAGAUGCAAAAAGAGAGGUUAAACAGCACCUGGCUUUACAAGCCAUCUUUCUGGUGCUGCCAUAGCAAAAAUGUGGAUUUCUUCUUUUCUAUCUAGGAAACACACAUGCCCUCGUAAUCUGUUGGUAGUAUUUACUGAAAGAGGAAGUCUACUGUAAUGUGGUGGCGAAACUCACGUCGAACAGGGACGAGAAAGUCCACAUUGAAAUCACGAUAAAGAGGGAAAAACUGAAAACAAUGAAUAUAUACCAAUGUCUGAGGAAAACAACCAAGGGACGUCAUGUAAUUCAAAGUUGGGUCCGUAUUUUCAUACUUUUUGUCAACCUAUCUCUUGCACUUGCAACAAUUUUUCUUAUUUAAUGAAAGAAACUUUCUGAUGACUUUGUGUUCAAACAGGACGGUUUCCUGUCACAUUAGAGACUGAUUUCUAACCAAGUACAAAGUGGCAGACAGACAUCUUGAAACGAGAUAAAAAAACCAAAAAUAACACUACCUCCUUUUCGAAACAGUUCAACGCAUAGCCAAUGGGAGACUGAACUCUCUUAAAAAUACUUCUUUUUUUCCUCCUUUCUUCCUUGAUGAUAAUAACGAAUGCCAAAAUUGUGUUACACAUACUGUAUGACUGACAAGAAAAAAAAAAGCUAUUCGGUGAUCUGGACUCCCCAACACAUCUGCUUGAGCCCAAAAACAUAGAGAUGUUUCACUUUCCACGGAAUUAAAAAUGACUACCUCUCCUUAAACCACAUCUAAAGCACUCUCUAUGUCUCAAAGUGUGUUGUGAAGCGCUUGCUCGAUAUAAACGUUUUCUAUCAGCUGUGUAAAACUGAACCAUAUUCCUGCGCCUGAUUAGCACUGAGCUAUGGGAACAUCCUCUGAACUGUGUGCUUUGACUGUAUGUGUGCAUAUUAAUGAGCUCAGCCAAUGAGAAACUGCCCUUUGGUGGCCACGUGGUGUUGCAGGGAGCUGGUUGUCAGGGGUAAUGAUGGGGCAGAAUAUAUCAGUGCCAUCAGGACACACACACACACACACACGGACACACGGACACACGGACAGGACACAUAGAAGCAGGGCUAUGGGUUAGUGCAGACAGAGGCUCUGACCAUCCAGGUAUCCAAAGACCCACAACACAGCAGUGACCCCCUUCACCGAAACACUCGCAGACACGCUGAGAAGACCAACACACACUUAAUGAAACUCAUCACUACUACUAGUAAAGUCCAAACCAAGAGGAACUGCUGCAUACAGUACAUAGAUGAUCUCUGACUUGUGCUUUAAGGUACACCUGUAAACAAAGCUGUUUUAUAAAGAUGUAGAUUGUUCACAGGUCGCCAUGUAAGACUUCUGUUUUUUUUUUUGGUUUUUUUUCUCCAGCUCGGCAUAACAUGAUGUAUUCUUGUAUAUUAGUGCUUGACUUAUCUCUCCAGGGCAUUCUCUCUCAUUUUGUCCUUUGAUUUUUUGUUUUCCUUCUUUUGUUUUUUUUUCCCCUCUCCUCUGCAACUGUUUAGCUAUUGUAAAGCUUUCAGCUCUGAUUCCUAUACUGUACUGCUAAUGCUGAAGUAUAUGUAUUUAUCAUAUUAAGUGCUGCAGAUAUCUUGGUUCAAUAGUUUUUUGUUUUGUUUCCAUUUUUUCAGUUCUUCAUAAAACGUCUGGGACGCUGAUUUUUUAAGUGUAUUAUCUCAAAAAAAGUUAAAAGAUUAAAAGUUAGAUCAGUGGUUUAGGUAACACCUGUUUGUAUAUUUAUCUUAGCUAGGUCUAUUUUGAUACUUUUUUGUCUCUGUACUGCAUUUAUGCAUUUUUAAGGAAAGAAAAAAAACAAAUGGAAAACAAACUAAAAAGUUACUUCAUUAUGUAUUGAUACCUCAGAAGGACUUUUUCUCUAAGACGGGACCAAAAUCUCCAAAAAGAAAAAGAGAAAGAGGAAAAAAAAAAGUAAGAAUAUGUAGCCCCUCUCUUGCUUUCAAAAAUGCAGAGCUCUAGAAAGGUAUUGCUGUUGGCCCUUUCAGGUGCCAAUAUAAGUCCUAGCUCCCUGUGACCCCUCCCUUUGACCCCUGACCCCUGUCAUUCCUGUGCUGAACUCUGACCCGCAGAGCUGUCGAUCGUCCACAGGUGAAAUGGGGGUGACGCUGAGUCCCACAUCUGGCUGGUGGUGACCAGUCACGAACCUCAUCUCCCAGUCCCACAGAGGCAGAUUUGAUACUGACACUGUUGCAGUUUUGAUUCUCCUCCUCUUGCAUUUUCUCAAUACCAAAAUGUGGACUGGCUCCCAGAGAUGCAGCUCAUCCUCUGACUACCAAAGGCAUUAAAAGCAAACAUUGCUUACUCCAAACCCUUGAACUGUAACCAAACUGUAACCAAACCAAUGCCACAAACGUAACCAAACAAAUGCCCAGCUACUUCCAAAACUCUCCGACUUCACUGAUCACCUUUACCGAUGGCUGUCAUCUCUCGCACAUCCACGUAUUGGUGUUUUAGGUGCGGUCAGUAACCUGCUGGCUGGCGAGUGACUCAAAGGGACGCAGGAAACCCAAAUCCUGAGGUAUGAUUGGACAGUUCUGAGGUGUCACAUAAGGGGGACGGGACCCUCAAAGUGGAGCAUUGCCUGAUGGUAUUAUCAAGUAGACAGCCAGAAUCCAAUGGAACUACCACUUCAUUUCUCCUCUGGUUAAACCUUAGGAAUGUGUGUACAUUUUCAGCAGUGACUCUCUGUAUUGUUUCUUAGUUUCAGUUUACCUGCUUACCUCUCUUUAUCCUUUGGUUUUUGUUCUGUUUCUUGUUAUUUGAAAGUGUGCCCCGAGGAAGAGGCAGGGACGGGGACUGGGUGAUGGCUUUAGACAGACAGUGGAGCCCAGCCCCCUGACCCUCCACCCCGGGUAGCCAUGUAAUGCCAGUCACUGCCCUUUCCUUCAUGCUGUAUAAAAACACACACAUAUAUCUGUGUAUUUGUAACCUGAAUCUUCUUGUGUCUGUCCAUGCAGACAAUAAAAAACUGUACAGUAGGUCUAGUUGCAUGUAAUCUGUACUAAUUAUUGACAAUGGCAUUAUAAAAUGCAAUAAAAUACUUAUUACACUGUC